UUUCUACGCUGCAUUAAUUUAGUAUUCCCUAGCCUGCUUCCUGAUUCUUCAAAGUUCAAAGCAUUCGCGAUGACUACUUCGGCUGUAAUGCAAUCCAUCUUGGCCAGCCCUCUGACCCGUCUGGCCAAUGGGUCUACUAGGGUGAACCAGUUUCUUCCCAGCUCUUAUGUGCCACGCUUGCCAAGGAAUUCUAGCGUGCGAGUGCGGUCCAUGUCAAAGGAAGACCAGAAAGAGCAGCCAACACCUGUUAUUAAACAACAGCCACUUAAGGUGAGCACCAAGUUCUCUGACCUGUUCGCAUUUGGUGGGCCCGUACCGGAGAGGAUCAACGGCAGGCUAGCCAUGGUCGGCUUCGUUGCCGCGAUGGCGGUAGAGCUAUACAGGGGACAGGAUUUGUCUGUCCAGAUAUCCAACGGUGGGAUCCCAUGGUUCCUAGGAACUACCAUUUUGCUAACAUUUGCAUCUCUGAUUCCUUUGCUCAAAGGGGUCAGCGUGGAGUCCAAGUCAGAUGGGUUUAUGACUUCAGAUGCUGAGAUGUGGAAUGGGAGGUUUGCCAUGUUGGGUUUGGUUGCACUUGCCUUUACUGAGUACAUGAACGGCGGUGGAACCCUUGUGUAGACUCAGAUCUUGCUUAUUAAUUAGAACCCACGAAUAAAACCAUAUAGCUCCAUCCUCCAUAUAUGUAAAUCGGAAGCAAGUAGUACUGUAAAUCGGAAGCAAGUAGUACUAGUACUGUAGUCUUUAUUUUAAAAGCGAAAUGAAAAUAUAUUUCCC